AAAUUAUUAUUGACUGCGGGACAGUAGUGGAUCAGCGCCAUUGCUCUCCACGUUUUUCGUAGGUAGAAAAAGCGAAUAAAAAAUGGCCCAUUUCACCCCGCCUGUCAUACAGGACAACCCCAAUGGCUGGGGACCAUGUCAAGUACCUGAGAAAUUCAAAGAUAUGCCAUAUCAACCGUUUUCAAAGGGAGAUAGACUUGGAAAGGUGUCUGACUGGACGGGUUCCACUUACCAAGACAGAAGAUAUAUGAAUAAAUAUUCUUCUCAGUUUGGAGGUGGUAGUCAAUACGCUUAUUAUCAUGAAGAAGAUGAAAGCACCUUCCAGCUGGUUGAUACUGCUAAAGUACAGAAACCCAUCUACCAGAGAGCCAGGAUGAAGUUCAACCAGAAUAAACUGCGACGUGAAAGAGAGCGGCGGCAACAGCAAAAUGCUGCAAGCAUGCAGGUGCUUUCUAAAACGCAGAAGAGUAGAGAAAGGGAUCGUAUGCGUCAGCUCCGUAAGUUCCAGAAGCAGUUUGGCCGUACAAUGCAUGAUCAGAGAAAGAUUCAGCUGAAGCACCGUGAUGCGUCGGUGCAGGUGCGUGACACUUGGGAUGUGGUGGAGGAGAUGGACUUCCCCCGGCUCACCAAGCUCAGCCUGCCGACUGUGGGGGAACCACAGGAUAUUGUAUGUUGUGGUAGUAUGGAGUACUACAAUAAGUCUUAUGACAGAGUGACCACUAAGAAUGAGAAGAAGUUGAAGCGUGUGAAUAGAAUCUUUCACAAAGUGACCACCACUGAUGACCCAGUAAUCAGGAAGCUUGCUAAGAGUAAAGGCAAUGUGUUUGCCACUGAUGUUAUCCUGGCUACCAUCAUGUGCUGUACACGCUCCACCUACUCCUGGGACAUAGUGGCACAGAGAGUUGGGAACAAGCUCUUCUUGGAUAAAAGAGAUGACUCUGAAUUUGAUCUUUUGACUGUGAGUGAGACAGCUAUAGAACCACCCCAGGAAGAAGGGACAAGCAUCAACUCCCCAAGAAGCUUGGCUCUAGAGGCAACCUUCAUCAACCAUAAUUUCUCUCAGCAGGUUCUCAAGAUGAACCAGGAGAAAUUCAGCUUUGAGAACAAGAACCCAUUUGUUCAGGAGGAAGAUGAUGGAGAGGUGGCAUCUGUUGGAUACAGGUAUCGCAAGUGGGACCUUGGAAAUGAUAUUGAACUGAUUUGCCGCACAGAGCAUGAUGGUGUAAUGGUUGGACCCAAUAAUGAGACCAAUUUCAUUAACAUCAAGGCUCUUAAUGAGUGGGAUUCUAGGUUUUCUGGUGGUGUUGAUUGGCGCAGUCGCUUGGAUGUUCAGAGAGGAGCUGUUCUUGCUACUGAGCUGAAGAACAAUAGCUGUAAACUGGCCAAGUGGACUGUCUGUGCUCUGCUGGCUGGAUCUGACCAGAUUAAGUUUGGGUAUGUUUCUCGUGUCCACCAACGAGACUCUGCCAAGCAUGUGAUCCUAGGUACACAGCAGUUCAAGCCCAUUGAGUUUGCCAGUCAGAUCAACCUGAGUAUGGACAAUGGAUGGGGUAUACUAAGGUGUAUUGUAGACACACUUAUGAAGAUGAAGGAAGGAAAAUAUUUAAUUAUGAAGGACCCUAAUAAGCCAAUGAUUAGAAUCUAUGACAUCCCUGAUAACACCUUUGAGUCAGACGAGGAGGAAGAGGAGGAAAGUACCACUGAGGAGAGUGACGAUGAGGAUGAUGAUGAUCAGAGGGAUGAUGAGGAAGGUAACGCCGCAGAGGUUAAUGCCAGUAAAAAAGAGUAAUGAUCGCUAGAGCACCACAUACAAGGAGGGCCAAGAAGGACCUUGAAGAAUAGUUGAAAUAAUUUAAUCUCCAAAUAGGAAGUAAUAAAGGGAUUUUAAUUGUUGGACAAUGAUUAAAAGCAGUGAUGUCUCGAUUUGUAACCACAGACUACACAUUACAAACAGAAGUAUUGAAUUAUGGAAAAGCCAGCUGAAGUUAACAACACCCAUGGGUUUACAUUUCUGACAUGACAUUCAAUCACAUGCUACAUAUUUUUCAAUGAUGAAAUAAACUUCCUUUGCAAUAAAAAACAGUUUGAU